CAUUUCCAAAGCUACCCUUCCCAGAAACUCAUGCCAACACAUAUAAACUGCAAAACUAGUCCACCUAAAGUAAAAGCAAGAAUUCAACUACUCCCUUUUUGGGUCUCAUCAAAAACUGAAUGUCAGCUUUAAUUCCAAGGAGCUGAAUUUGAGCUAUUUUGACAUGAUGAUAAGUGAUAGGAAAUAAGAUCAAGAUUAGAGGAGCUGAACUUUGAGCUUCUUUUUCAAGAUGACAUCUCAUGGGAAAAAAGAUCAAGAUCAGAGCUUGACAAUUGAAUUUCUCCGGGCGCGAUUAUUAGCUGAAAGGUCUGUCUCACAAACAGCAAGGCAGAGAGCUGAUGAACUAGCAGAGAGGGUCUUGGAACUGGAAGAGCAGCUAAAGAUUGUAUCGCUACAAAGAAAGAAGGCUGAGAAGGCCACAGCAGCCGUUCUGUCCAUCUUAGAGAACCAAGGAAUAUCUGAUGCUUCGCAGGAAUUUAAUUCAGGCUCUGAUCAGGAAGCAGAGUCCGCUGACAAUAGAAACGAGCGAAAUCCAACUUCAUCAAAUCUGAAAGAGAAAGAAAAUGAUGCUGACAUCUCAAGUUCUGACAUUGUAUCUUCUCCAUCAACAGGCAGAAGUUUGUCGUGGAAAAGUGGUAAGUCUUUUGACAGGAAGAAAUAUACUGAUUCUGUCUGGAGGAGGUCUAGUAGUUUCAGGUCACCUGGAACUAAUUCGCCAAAACAGGCUGGAAAAUCGUGCCGACGGGUAAGGCGCAGUAACACCAAAUCAGCCACUGAUGAGUUACAAAAUACCUCUGGCGGAUGCCCCCCCGAGUGUCUUCCUUCUUUUGCUAAUAAUGGGCCUCAAUCCUUAAUGGACAGUAAUGGGAAUAAUGAUGUGAAAGGUACUUCAGAGAUGUCAGAAAAUCAAAGGAAAGAAAAUGAGUGUGAUGAAGACAUGGAAAGAGCUUUACAACAUAAGGCGCAACUUAUAGGGAAAUAUGUAGCUGAGGAAAAAGCCCAAAGAGAAUGGGAAGAGAAGUACAGAGAGAAUAACAGCUAUGCACAGGAUUCAUGUGACCCUGGAAAUUACUCGGACGUGACUGAAGAAAGAGAUGAUGGGCGAUCAUAUUCCGCUGAAAUGAUUAAUUUGCAAAACCAUGCAAACGAAUUCAGGGAAUCAGAUAUUCCCUCCACAUAUGGAGUUACAGACAAUUUUCCAUCCACUCCGAACAGCAGAAUUAUUAAUGCAAAGUCCCCAGCAUCAGAGUUUGCACUUCCAAAGUCUAAUGGGAGUUGGCCAGAAAAUAACGGCCCAACACCUGCUUAUAGUCACCAUCAGUGUCUGUCUGUGAAUGGUUCCCGUAUUCACCCCUCGGAACAUACUAUCUCAUCUUCUGGAGGUAGCGGUUCGCAAGAAGGACGAGCUUUUGAAGGAGAUUAUGAACAAGCUAAUAAUAUAGGUUCUAUCCUGGGGGCACUUGAUCAAGCUAAGUUUUCGAUUAAUCAACAGAUCAACGUCUCGUCAGUAACAAAAGGCGGAUCUUCCAUAGAACAUUCCAUUCCUACAACUAGAAUUGAGGACAGAUUAGACAUUCCACCUGGAUGCCCUGGCCUUUUUAGACUACCGACGGAUUUUCAACCUUCACAGAGGCCUAUUCUUGAGAACACCUUAGGCACGGGAUUCGACUACCUUAAUCCUCCCUCGAUUUUAGGUCUUCCAUUUUGCACUAAAUCAACCUACCCCACCUAUCCAUUUUACCCCAAUACAACAACUACUACUAUGUCUCGAUCUCAAGCAAGUUGGAGUCCGCUAUAUGAACCCUCACUGACCACAUUUUGUCCCGUUGUAGUGCCAAACUUAUCCUCAGGCGAAGAAGUAUUCUUAAGAUCCCUUCCUAGGAAUGAGUCAGGUAUACCCCCAUCAUUUCCCGUCUCGCAUUAUGAUGCUCAUAUGAGACCAAACAUGUAUAGGUAGCUGGUAUUGCUCAAAGCACUACAUUUCAUUAAGAGAUGUCUCCACUCUUUACCUAUUUCUUGAUCCAAUAUGGUUCCUAGGGUCAGUGUUAGAGGUUUGGCUAUCUAUCUAUGAAAUUUGAGGCCAUUGUUGUAUUUUAGAUUUGUGUUUGUAAAGUCUUCUGGAAUCAAUAAAAUUUGUCAGCAAUUAGCUUCUUUGUUUUGUA